AUACAACAGUAAUACAAACCGAAUAUGCGAAGCCGACGGUGGAGGUCGACUCCUUCCUCCACCAUUCCUUUUCCCUCAUGCUCAUAAUAUAGCCUUUCCGAUCCCUGCAGCCAACUUGGGGAAAAGAAAAGGCAGGACAAAAGGAAGAAGCAGAGGAAGGAGCCACUCCCUCCCUCCCUCCCACCAUCGUCAUAAAAAGCUCUAGACCUCUCCCUCAUUGUCUCUGCAUUGUUUGCGUUGUGGCGGCUGCUGCUUCUACCACCACCGCCACCAAUGUCUUCUCAUAGUUGUUCGCAGUCUGGGAACGACGGGCACAACUCCCGAACAUGCACCGAAAAUGGGUUCAUGCUCUUCGGGGUGCGCGUGGUGACCGACGGCUCUUUCCGCAAAAGUGUCAGCAUGAGCAACCUAUCGCAGUACGAGCACGCGGAUCAGCCGCAGCAGCAGCAGAACGCGGACGCCACGGCCUCCGGCUACACAUCCGAUGAUGUCGUCAACGCCUCCAACAGAUCGCGGGAAAGAAAGAGAGGUGUACCUUGGACAGAAGAAGAGCACAGGCUCUUUCUUCUUGGGCUGCAGAGGGUUGGGAAGGGCGAUUGGAGAGGAAUUUCAAGGAACUUCGUCAAGACCAGAACCCCUACUCAGGUUGCUAGCCACGCACAGAAGUAUUUCCUUCGCCGCAAUAAUCUUAGUCGGAGAAGACGGCGGUCUAGCCUUUUUGACAUUACCACAGAUACGUUUCUCUGUUCUCCUGUGGAAGAGGAAACUUGUGCUGAAAACACACCUAGUCAAAAUCCAGCAUCAAGUAGCUUGGAUCUCUCCUUGGAGGCCUUACCAGUUUCUCCAGCCCCCAUGGCGCUGGAUGAAGAAGCUGGAAACACAUCCAGCAAAGCGCCGGAAACCCUGGAAGCAAAGAUUGUGAAGCCUGUCCCUGUGCUGGCAAGCGCACCGUUAGGAGCAGUCGAUUCGGAUCGUGGGCUCGGUAUGUUACCAUCACCAUUGUCGGCGAAACUAUCUGAGCAACAUAAUGCCAGACAUUCUGCUUUUCAGGCAAUGGCAAGCCUUAGGAGUGGAGAUCUGGAUAACAAAGGCAGUGUCAUUACUGUGGCCUGAGAGGGAUUACCCAAGGAUGGAAGAGAGGAAAACAGAGGUCGCACUCUCCUUGUCUCCACAAGGUUCACUAGUAAAUGGGGUAUGCAUUGCAUUGUCUAGUUAUUAAUUCUUAAGUGUAUCUCAAUAUUUAUUUGUUGUUGUAAAAGAUGUAUGUAAAUAUCUCUGUAUUGUGUGGCUUUGACUCUAUGAUAUGCUCAAAGAUAAUAACAUAGAUUUUCAGAUAUUGCUCCUUUCAUGCCAAGUUUUACUACAUGGGAAGAAUAUUUGAGAUCAGGGACCUACCUGUACUGGUUCUCUUAUUAGUGCUUGUAUGGCUGGGAAAGGAGAGGAGUAGCUUGUGGUUCUGGUUGUUUCUGUUUGUGUGUGUUCAACAGCUAGGGAAGCAUGAUUGUAACAUGAACAGUGUAUGUUUAACACUGCUUGGUUCACAAGGCCUAGCAUGGUUAACAUCCACUUUGGGUCGCAAAUUUCAUGUUCUAGUGCUAAUGAAUAAGAGUUAAUAUUUUAGAAGAUGA